UUUUUGAACAGCAAGGGAACUCAAAUAAUCAAUCUAUUCAGAAUGACUGUGGCAGACAAAGUCCCAAUGAGCCACAAAACUGCCGCAAAUGGGCACGCAAACGGCGACAACCAAUCACAGCCUACCUCAAACGGCGAAAAACAUGAGUCUCAAAAGGUACCCGUGGAAGCCCACCUCGAACCGCUGGCUAUCAUCGGCAUGGCAUUUCAGUUUCCCGACGGGGCCGAUACUGAAGAUUCUUUCUGGGAGAUGCUGGUUCAGAAUCGUUGUGCAUCCAGAGAGUAUCCAAAGGAAAGGUUGAAUAUCGGUGCAUUUUAUAGCACUGACAGAAACAAGCCUGGUGCGAUACACACCAAAAACGCUCAUUUUCUCAGGGACGAUAUUCGAAACUUUGAUCCAGCCUUCUUUUCUAUCUCGCCAGCAGACGCGAGGGCGAUGGACCCUUGCCAACGCACGCUUAUGGAAACCACAUAUCAUGCAUUGGAGAACAGCGGUCUAUCUCUCUCCGAUGUGUCUGGUUCCAAGACCUCAGUUCAUGUAGGUUGCUUUUCCAGCGACCAUAUGACAACUGCUUUCCGCGACCUGGAACAAAUGCAGAGAUACUCUGCGACUGGGAUAUCUAGCGCAAUGCUUUCCAAUCGUUUAAGCUGGUUUUUCAAUUUACAUGGUCCAAGUCUCACAAUUGAUACGGCCUGUUCAAGUGGCAUGGUAGCUCUAGAUCUGGCAUGCGAAGGACUCUGGAGUGGGCAGACUAGUAUGGCUAUCGUUUCAGCAUCAAAUCUGAACCUUACUCCGGAGCUCAAUGUCUCACUCAGCAAUAUGGGAUUCCUUUCCCCUGAUGGUCGAUGUUUCAGUUUCGAUCACCGCGCUAAUGGGUAUGCUCGCGGAGAGGGAGUAGUAACCUUAAUUAUCAAACCACUCUCAAAGGCCAUUGAGUCCGGAAAUCAAAUUAGGGCGUUGAUUCGCUCUGUGGGAUCAAACCAGGACGGAAGAACAGCCGGAGGGAUUACCCAACCAAGCAAAACUAUGCAAGCUGAACUUAUCCGAGAAACGUAUCGCCGAGCCGGGGCUGAUUUGGAUAUGAGCAAAACCCGAUAUUUCGAGGCUCACGGAACAGGGACGACAAUAGGAGAUCCUAUAGAGGCGGAAGCUAUCGGGGAAUGCUCCAGGGAACAUUUCACUGACGAUCAUCCCUUAUUUGUAGGGGCAGUGAAAUCGAACAUCGGGCAUACCGAGGGCACGAGUGGCCUUGCUGGAAUUGUCAAGGCCGUUCUGGCUCUAGAGAAGGGAAUUAUCCCACCCAACACCAAUUUCGAGCGCCUCAAUCCCGACAUUGAUGCCGAGUUUUACAGACUCGCAUUUCCCCAAGAAUGUAUCGAUUGGCCGGCAGUCUCGGGUGGAGUUCGACGGGCUUCCGUGAAUUCAUUUGGAUUUGGUGGAGCCAAUGCCCACGUCGUGCUCGAUGACGUCAGGUCGUACCUUCAAGCACAUCGACUGAGUGGAAAUCAUCGUACAGUCGCACCAAAGUUGAUCGAUACUGACCAACACAAAAAUGGCCACAAGAUAUCUAAAGCGGCCUUGGAUGUUCAAAGUGUCUUUGUUCCCCAGCUUUUGAUAUUCUCCGCGUUUGAUAAAGGUGGGAUAGAACGGCAAACUCAGGCACACAGCACAUACCUCAACAGAUUUGGCGGCUGCUACCCGCCUAACUUCUUUUCGGACUACGCAUUCACACUUGCAAAGCAUCGAACAAGACACACGUGGAAUUCAUUCUGCGUUGUCGAAAGUUCGAGAGACGUCGAAAACAUAGGCAAACUACUCGAACACGGUCCAGCCACCGGUACAUCCCUGCUGAACACUGGAUUCGUGUUUACAGGCCAAGGGGCCCAGUGGCAUGGAAUGGGUCAUGAGCUUCUCAGCAACCCUAUCUUCAGGCAGAGUAUCGACGGCUCACAACGUUAUCUGACAGAUCUUGGUUGUAAAUGGUCUGUCAGAACGUUACUCACGGACGACAAGUUUGCCCACCUUAUCAAUGAAGCUCAAUACAGCCAAGUAGUUACAACAGUUGUGCAGUUGGCACUAGUGGACUUGACCUCAUCCCUCGGUAUUACCCCAUCCGUGGUAGUCGGCCACUCAUCUGGAGAAAUUGCAGCUGCAUAUACUGCCGGGCUCAUCUCUCACAAAUCUGCAAUCAAAAUCUCGUAUUACAGAGGCCUUCUAGCUUCUGAAUUGCAGCGUUCGCAAGACGAGCCAUACGCAAUGGCUGCUGUAGGGCUGUCAGCUGAAGAGGUCGAACAUGAGCUUCAUGUCCUGUGGACCGAAGGAACCCCAGUAGUAAUCAGUUGUAUCAACAGUCCAUCAACUGUGACCGUCUCAGGGCCAGACACUGAGUUAGAUGUGUUGAUAUCACAUCUUCGCUCCAAAGAUUUGUUUUGCAGAAAGCUAAGAGUCAGCCUGGGUUAUCAUUCCCCUCAGAUGAACGCCAUUAGUUCGAGAUACCUGGAGGUCCUUGGCGACCUCGAUCCUGGGUCACCCCAAGAGACUCCUCGACCGCCUAUGGUGUCAUCCGUAACAGGAGAUCUGGUAGAUUCUGACAUUGUAUGUAAUGGUCAGUAUUGGGUCAGAAACAUGGUGUCAGUAGUCAAUUUUUUGGCUGCCAUUCAACGUUGCAGUCAAUUUUCGAGAAAGACCACAGUCUUAGAUCGUUUCGGUAGCAAGAAUGCGAAGGAGCUUGCCGUUGACGGUUGGCUCGAAAUUGGUCCACACUCGGCACUCCAGGGCCCCAUACGGGAGAUUCUAAAAAGUCUCCCGGGUAUCAAGGAAAUCAGGUAUACUUCGACACUCGUUCGAAAUCAAUCUGCAGUGCGCACCCUCCUCGCCGCAGCAGGGUACUUACAUUGCCACAACUUCCCUGUCAUUAUCUCCAACGCAACGAGUCUCGGAAUGGACAAAGAAAGCAUCGAAUGUCGUAGGAUGUUGGACAUAUCAUCCUAUCAGUUCAAUCACGACAUCAUUUAUUGGGAAGAGUCGCCCAUGAAUGUUCAUCUGCGUCUACGUUCCCGAGGACCUCACGAGCUCCUUGGAACACGAGUUGGAGCGCCAAAUCCUUUUGAAGCAGAGUGGAGAUUUAUUAUCAGAGAAGACAGCAUGCCGUGGAUUCGAGAACAUAAGGUUAACGGUACUAUCCUCUAUCCUGCUGCGGGUAUGUUGGUGAUGGCAAUUGAAGCAGGGCGGCAACUCUCAUCCAAAACACCUCUGGUGGCAAUACAGCUUGAGGAUGUAGAUGUUCCAGCCCCGAUUGUCAUAUCAACUACCGGUGAACAGACAGAGGUGAGGCUACAUAUCUCCUCUGCAUCCGAGGACACUGAGAUACACAAUUUCCGGAUAUUCUCAUGUAAACAGGGCAUACACCGAGAGACUGUUUGCAGUGGCAAGAUUCGGCAGAUCUUCCAGCGCUCAGAAUCAGAAAUCGACAAUGGACGGGAAAAUCGCGAGAGCGCUGAACGAUUAGCACUUGAAUACGACACCAUACGUGGGUCUUGUCAUCAGACGAUAGAUGAGACGAAGCUAUACAACACCUUUGACAAGGAUCUGGGAUUGCAAUAUGGUCCGUCCUUCCAGACCCUGCGUCGCGUUUGCUCUGACAAUGCGGGCCAUGCUAUCGCACAACUAGCCGAGUAUGAAUCCGCCAUCGCCUCAUCACACGUUAUCCACCCCACGCAACUGGACGGUAUGUUUCAAUUAUGUUAUCCUGCAGCUCCCAACAAGGAUGAGUCAAGUACUAUGGUCCCUACUCAUUUCGGCAGAAUAUGGGUAUCAAUUCCUGGCUCCAGUCAUCCUUCCGAUUGGCAUCCUGAGAUGACUGUUUGCGCCACUGCGACAAGCUCGCUCCGCCAGAAGAAAACGUUCAACAUCAAAGCUGUCAAUCAUUCUACCAUGCAUCUAAAUAUCGAAGUAGAUGAAUUGGUCUUAUCCGUGAUAGCAGCCAGCCCUGCAAAAGUCAAAACCCUUGAAGACUCAAAUUACCUUUGCGCGCACAUGAAAUGGAGAGCGGAUCUGGAUGUUUUGGAUAAAGAGGAAAUACAGGAGUUCUGUGAAGAGGUCAGGCCCGCGAAACAGGCACCUGAGCAACGUUUUCAGGACAUGACCAGGCUUUGUCUGCACUACGGUGAGCAGGCUUUGAGAGAUGUAACUGAAGAAGAAGUCGUUCCGUCCAUGAAAAGAUACGCUACUUGGUUACGCAAAACCCUGAACCAGCGGUCAACGGAUAAGAUGAUGAAUCCCGACGAUGUCCAACGACUUUACAUGUCACUGCUCCCUAGUACACGUGUCGAACUUCAAACCAUCGUUGGACAGAACCUAGCACGUCUGCUUCGUGGUGAAGUUGACCCUCUCGAGCUUUUCUUCACUGAUGAAAGCAAGAUGACAAAGUUCUAUGCUGAAGCUAUGGAAGACUCCACGUCUCAACUGCCUUUGAGCCGAUUUUUGGACAGCCUCACUCACAAGACUCCGAAUUUGAGUUUUCUUGAAGUGGGUGCUGGUACAGGAGGCUCGACUACAGCGAUCAUGAAAACAAUAGGGGACAGUGCAACUGGUCCCGCAUUCGAACAUUAUACAUAUACUGAUAUCAGCCCGUCCUUCUUCGAGCAGGCGCAAGAGAGAUUUGCAGCUCUCGAUAGCCGCAUGACAUAUCGAAUGUUGGAUAUCGAACGUGACCCGGCUUCUCAAGGCUAUGAGUUGGGGGCAUACGAUAUAGUCAUCGCGGACAAUGUGCUGCAUGCGACAAAAGAUAUAUCCAAGGCGUUAAUACACGUUCACAAACUCCUAAGACCAGGUGGAAAGCUCAUCUUGCGAGAACUUUCAUCGCCUGAGGGAUUGCUAACGGGAUACUUAUUUGGUCUCCUUCCAGGUUGGUGGCUCGCCACUGAAGAGACACGUCAGCUAAGUCCUACCAUGAGCGUAAGCAGCUGGGAUAACUCUUUGCGCAAAUCUGGCUUCUCCGGAACGGAUCUCAUCCUUCCUGAUUAUCCUGGGAGCGAAUGCAACCAAGUGACGUUCAUGGUGUCAACGGCAAUAGAGUCUUCGGCAGCACUAUCCAAUGGUCUGGGUUCGACGUCGAUGUUUCCAAUAUUUAUCGUCGAUUCUCUAUCCAGCAGCCAGGCAUGUUUGGCAUUAUCCGUUGCCCAGUUCCUAGACGGUGAUCAAGCUCGUCCUAACAUGAUGACCCUUGUUGAGGCUGCUGCUCUCGCGACAAGGACGGGGUAUUCCCACGAUUUCGUUUUCCUCAACGAAACAGAGUCGCCUCUACUACCCGCCGUAGAACACACAGUCUUCGACGCCAUAAAAGAUUUACUAGCCUCCGCAAGAAGCAUUUUAUGGGUCAAGAAAGGCGGCGCGGGGAAAUUGGCUCCCGAUUUUGCUACAAGCGACGGCUUAUGUCGAGUGAGUCGUAAUGAGAACUCGAGAGUUGCGCUAGUGACAGUUGCUCUUGAAGUGACUAGUCCUUCUAAUGCACGGCAUAUUGCGAACAUCUUCCGGAAACUCCACUGGCACAUUGAUGCUAACGAUUCAAUCGUCGAGUCAGAAUACAGCGUGAUCAAUGGGCGUCCUCACAUCAACAGGGUUCGCCGGGCUAAGUACCUGGAUGAGCAUGUUUUCAUGCGUACAGAGCGCCCUCUGAUACACCGACAGGCGAAUGGUCAGAAGCUCGAUAUAGAUAUACGGGUACCUGGUCUACUGGAUACAAUCGAAUAUGCCCAAGCUCAGAAUGAGAGCCCAGUUCUAGGUGCAACAGAGAUCGAAAUCGAAGUCAAGGCUCUCGGGUUGAACUAUAAAGAUAUUUUGCUUCUUAUUGGUCUCGGUAAAUCAGAUAACCUUGGGAGUGAGUACGCCGGUAUUGUGCGAGCCACAGGCUCGAGCGUUGCUGGUAUCAAGCCUGGCGAUCGCACGACUUGA